AUGGCGAUCCCGCUGGUGAACACUGGCAUCCCCGACGAGCUGCUGGAGCGGGUGAAGAAGGUGUGCAGCGACUGCUACAAGCUGCGGGACGAGGCGUUCAGAGACUCCAACCCCGCGGUGAAGGCGCUCGCCGAGCUCGUGGACAAGGAGAGCGAGGGCGGCCUUCCCGCGAGGAAGAUCGAGGGCAUGGACUGGGAGGACGUCUUCACCCUCCAGGAUGACCUGCCAUGGCCUUCCAACCCUCCCGCCUUCAAGGAGACGAUGAUGGAGUACCGCAAGGAGCUCAAGAAGCUGGCGGAGAAGAUGCUGGGCGUGAUGGAGGAGCUGCUGGGGCUGGAGGACGGCCACAUCAGGAAGGCCUUCACCAACGACGGCGAGUUCGAGCCUUUCUAUGGCACCAAGGUGUUGAGCAAUGGCCGGUACAAGAGCGCGUGGCACCGCAUCCUGGCGACGCGCGACAGCAACCGCCGCUCCAUCGCCUCCUUCUACAACCCGGCGCGCCUGGCCACCAUCGCUCCGGCGAUCCCCGCCGCUGCCGGUGGCGAUGACUAUCCGAGCUUCGUGUUCGGUGACUACAUGGAGGUGUACAUUAAGCAGAAGUUCCAGGCCAAGGAACCAAGGUUCGUGGCCAUGGCGACGACGACGACCAAGUGA